AUGCUCAGCUGGAAGGCCAUUGAAUUGGUUCUGUCUAACCAAUGCUAUGAUCUGAGGCUUGAUCUCAUAGUCAUUCCUUGCAGGAAGUGGUGGAUGGAUAGGGUUUCUAUCCGGUUCGCGCGGCGCCAGUCACCGGACAGGGAGGAACGAGACGGAAAGGAAAUGUACAUGAUGAGGAAAAAUGAGAUGAGAAUGAAUGAGACGGUGCAAAAUGGGACAAGGCGGAAACGAGAAGGAAUAAACAGGACGGGACAUAACGAGGCCAAAAUUAUACCCGACAAGGCAGAACGAGACGGGAAGAAAGGGAUGGGGCAAUACGAGACGGGAAAAAACAGAACGAGGAGGAACGGGGAGGGAAAUAGGACAGGGAGGAACGAGAUGGGAAAUAGAACGGGAUAG